AUCCUGAGCUGAGUUAUCCCCCAACCUUGUUUUUGUCGAACUGGCAUUGCUUGAAGGUCCAUCAAGUAGCAGGCUUCAGCUGGGCCUGGCCCACUAACACCACUACUAAUGUUGAAUUUAUAGGUGUAAAUAUCGUUGUUGUGAAAACUUAUGGACUCACAAUUAAUUUUUCAAAAGAUGAGGACUAAAAGGACCAUCAAAUUAACUAAAAAUGUUUCCUGCAGGUGAAACUGUAUAUCGCAGCUUUUCUGGAGCCCCUUCCCGUGGUAGGCCAGGUUUUUCUUCAUCCGCUGGCUGUCCUAUUGCUGAUGUGUAUUAAUGGAAAUUCAACUGCUGAGUGUCAUCUGCUGCCCAGUGAGUAAUAUCUGAUGACUGGCGUUUGGCUGGAGCCACAUGGCUGGUUUGGUUCUGUGUCGAUGGGUUGCAGAUGCUGGAAAUUGGCAAAAUCUGGUGCUGAAUCUAUUUCUGCUGAUAGUGUGUAUUGGCUUUCUGGAACUAUGUUUGAAGAAGAUGACUCAUGUACAUUACCUGAUUCUAUCAUGGCCUCUGUUUGGUUCAUUUGGAGGCCAUUUUUGCUGCUGGUAUGCUCUUGUGAGAACUAGAAAUUGUUGCCGUGCCUCCCAACUGAUUCUCCAGCGUGCCAUCUGUUGCUCCCGAUGGCUCUGAGCUGCUGCAGUCUAAUAUUUUGGUUCCUUGUGCUGUGUACUGGCAUGGCGGCAACAGAAGCUGAGCUGCUCUUGUGGCAUUUCUGUUGAUGCCGAGCCUUUGUCUGAGUAUCUACAUGGUUUUUGGAGCUUGGGGCUGAUUAAGUAGGGCUGGAAGAUUGGGCUAUGUUAAGGUUUUCUAUUGAGGUUGAGUGUUGAAUGGGAUGCAUUGUAGAUUGAUUUUUAUUUUUUUUUGGCAAUUUGUAGAUUGAUUAUUUGGUGGACUUUGCCUCUUUAGUGUUUUUGGACACUUAUGGCGGCCUUUGUUCAUUGGCUUUAUAGUCUAUUAUUGGAAAUUAUUUCUAUGUUGAAAGAGGUGGUUCCACUAUUAUCUUGUCCAAUUUCAUUGGGUACAUAUUGCAACCCAAUUCUUAAGCGUGGAGUGGAGAAGUUCAUGUCCACCAUAAGAGAUACAGGUGUGCAAGGGCUUCUGUUUCCAGAUGUCCCUCUAGAGGAGACUGAAUCUUUAAGGAAGGAAGCCUUCAAACACAAUAUUGAGCUCGUUCUACUUGCAACUCCAACUACUCCAAGAGAUCGAAUGAAAUCCAUUGUUGAAGUAUCAGAGGGAUUUGUCUAUCUCCUAAGCUCAACUGGAGUUACGGGGGCACGAGCAUCUGUCAGCGAGAAAGCUCGAAAUCUUAUCCAAGAAAUUAAAGAGGCAUCAACUAAACCAGUAGCAAUUGGCUUCGGCAUAUCGAAACCUGAGCAUGCGAAGCAAGUAGCGGAGUGGGGAGCUGAUAGCGUGAUCGUCAGGAGUGCAAUGGUGAAGCUACAGGGUGAAGCGAAAUCUCCAGAGGAAGGAUUGAAAGAAGUUGAAAAUUUCACAAAAUCCUUAAAAUCUGCACUGCUGUGAAACAAUUUUGUGGCCUUGAAUAAGAUUAUGGCUCCCGUUUUGAACUUCAGUAUACAGUGGAAUAAAAUAAAGUGUUUUUGACA